AUGUCACUUACUAUUCGCCUUCAGAUAUCAAUUGGAAAAGACAAGAAAAGGUGUGAAACAAGCUUCGGCGGUGAAUCUGCUGCAACGGCAAUUGUUUCUGGAAUGAUUGCUCUUCUGUUGGAGGCAAACCCUGGUUUAUCAGCCAGAGACGUGAAACAUAUAAUAAUUGAAUCAAGCAGCCAUCUAGGGAUAGAAGCAACACCUGAAUUUCUGCAUAACAAAGCUGGAAAAUUUUAUCAUCCUAAUGUGGGAUUCGGCCUGCCUGACUGUAACCUGAUGGUUGUACUGGGAAGACACUGGAAACAAUUAAAACCAUUAUGCACAGGAACACUUAUGUUUUCGAAAGAUGAUUAUCACGCCAAAGAUCAGGAUUGGUACGUUCGAGUAUUGUACGACAACACGUUCUGUGACACAGCGGCAUGUAUAGAGAAGAUGGAAGAAGUUCUGUUUGAAAUUGAGUUCGUAUAUUCAGAACAGCAUCACAUGAAACUGUGGGCUAAAUCACCAAGUGGAACGGAAUCAACUUUAGCAAACAUGAAACCUUUUGCAAAUAGGGGUAAAGCGAGGCAUGUCCGAAAUACGUUCCGGUCCAACCACUUUUGGGGAGAAAACAGUGAAGGUCGCUGGCGUGUUUACAUUGGUUGCAAUUUUUCAGCGGCCUACCCUUUUCCAGCCGAUGAUUGUCAUGUCGCUAACGCACGUUUAGUCAUUCAUGGUACGAUGGAAUCUGGUAGUAUACAGCAACAUUGCAAUGAGGAUUCAUAUCAAGAGCUUGAUGUUGACAAUGGUACAUUUGGAAUACAUAUUGAAAAUAAUAACAUUAACAUAAACAAUAUUGAAAAUCAUGAUGUUAUUAUAAACAAAUACUUCUCCUCAGAGUUUUCUAUUGUUGUUGGAUGCGUUAUCUUGGUCGCGAUUGUAGUCUUAUUAGCCAUAAAAUGGUGUUCGCAAAAAGGAACCGAGGAAGAGAAUCAAGCAACAAACGUUUAGUUCUUCAACUGUCUAUUGGAAUCAAUGUAACAGACGUAUUUGCCAUUUCAAAUAAUUAAAUGAACCACAUGUGAAUUAACUGAGCAUGGUAUCCAGCUUGGAUUUUGGUACAUUGCAUAUAUGUAUGUGUGGUAUCAGCCCCGUAUAAUGUUAAACGCGUAUUACCUUGUUCAU